AUGAUAGAAGAGAAAAAAUAUUUAAAAAAUUUAGUAAAAUUUUUAUACUCCUCACUUUAAUCUCAUUAGGUUCUCCAUAUUGAUCUGAAUGGGUAAUUAAUUGGUAGUGAAAGUGAUUCAGUCUCAAAUUUAAGUUUAAGUCACAGUAAUCUUUAAAAUUAGGCCGUUUUCGUUUAGUAAAAUUAAAUUAAUUAAAUUGGUUUAAUUGAUGCAAUAGAAUUAGGUUCUAGUUUAGGAAAGUGCACUAAUCUCUCAAAUUUAACACUCAAUCUAAGUUAUAAUAAAAUUGGUAUAGAAGAUGCAACAUGCUUAGGUUCUGGUAUAGGAAAUUGCAAUAAUCUCUCAAAUUUGACAAUUGAUCUUAAAAAUAAUAAAAUUGGUGCAAUUGGAGCAUCAGACUUAGGUUCUGGUAUAGGAAAAUGGAAUUAAAUUGACGCAAUUGGAGCAUCUGGCUUAGGUUCUGGUUUAGAAAAAUGCACUAAUCUCUAAAGUUUGAUACUUAAUCUUUGGUAAGAAUAGUUUAUUUAUUUUGGAUUAGAUAAUUAAAUUAGGGACGAAGGUGCAUUACACUUAGGUUCUAUCAUAGGAAAGUUCACUAAUCUCUCAAAUUUGACACUAAAUUUUUCAAAUAAUUCAAUUGGCGUAAUAGGUGGAUCAGGCUUAGGUUCUGGUAUAGGAAAGUGCAUUAAUCUCUCUAAUUUGACUCUUUGUCUUUAGUACAAUUAAAUAGGCUCAUUUGGUGCAUCAGAUUUAGGUUUUGGUUUAGGAAAGUGCACUAAUCUCUCAAAUUUGACACUUUUUUUUGAGUAGUGUUAAAUCGGUGCAAUUGGUGCAUUUGAUUUAUGCUGUGGUUUAGGAAAGUGCACUAAUCUCUCAAAUUUUAAACUUUAACUUUAGUAAAAAUAGCUUAAUUAUUUUGGAUUGUGA